UUAUUUCCAUGUUUUUCUGUGUGCCGAUUUCGGAAAAGCUUCCUUCGUUCGUUUUAAGACUGAAUGCCAACGCAUUAGCAGUCUCUUUUCGAUACUUCAGUAAGUCACAGCUAGCUCUACGGAUACGUUAAAGCCCUAACACAGGUGCCUUCCGCGUGAAAGCACCCUUAAAUGUAUUUCUUUUUUGUUUUUGCCUCGCUGAUGGUUGUCAGCACCCAGCCGGUGCUGGCAUACCUAUCAGCGGGCUCAAAGGAUCAGCUACUGUCGGACGUCUUGUUGCGUGAGAUCGUUGAUCGCAUGGGAAAGGACAUAGCAGAAGCAGCCGAUUCUUACGUGGAUCCUAUGGAUGAGUUUCCCGGUCGCUUGGCGAUGAUGGCUCGAGCUACCAAGGAUCUGGAAUCUGAGCAACUGGACUACGAGGGACUACUGGAUGGUAAUCCGAACCCGUCUCCACGAGACCAAGAAUACCUGCAGCACAGUUCUCUCUGGGGUCAUCAGUACGUAUCAGGUGGAACGGGAGAGGGACCUCACCGUCAGAAACCACAGGUGAAGACAGACGCCAGCCUACCGGCAUACUGCAAUCCGCCAAAUCCCUGUCCAGUUGGAUACACGGAAGAGCAAGGUUGUACGUUAGAUUUCGAGAAUACUGCUGCGUUCAGUCGCGAAUAUCAGGCCGCUCAGGAUUGUAUGUGCGACGCUGAGCAUAUGUUCAACUGCCCUUCCCAGCAGCAGAGUGAACCCAGCUCACAAAUGGAUUCAGACUUGGAGAGCUUUAUUGCCAGACAGUUCCAUACACAGGAGCAUAAAAAUUUGGUGGCAAAGAAAUAUCACGCUAAGAAGAGCUCUAAUCCCUUUCUGCGAGGUGAAAAGCUUCCGAUCGCUGCCAAAAAAGGCUACAACGUACUGAAUUAGGCCUGCUUCGAUCUAGCGCAACAUCAAUGGAACGACAAUCGGACCUUCCCUUGUCGAUGAUAAAACCUCGGCCCACCAAACAAGGACUAUGACACUGGAACAUCUAGGUAGAUAUAUGAUUGUAAAUUACGUGCUGAAAUUUCAGCAGCUAGUAGUAGCAUCGGAAUACCCGAAAAUUCCAAUACAAAGUAUUACAACUGAAUCGCACCAUAGUUCUAUAAAGCCCUGCAAUUUUUAACCGGAUAUCCUGAUUCUAGAAGAUUCCCAUUUCAUCAUGUUUUCCAGCAGUCAAUGAAAUAAUUACAAUGUUGGCAUACUAUCCAAGAGUGUGUAAUACAUUCAUUCGAUAAUUAAUCAAAUCAAACCUGUAUCAUAAGUUAAAAUGAUGGAGAUUAAUCUGUUCAACAUUCGAAAACCGAAGCUAAGGAAAAGUUAAAAGAUCAUCAUAAUGUAUUGAGUAGCCCCAAAUUCCACUUAUUUCAAACGUGUCCAACUGGCCAUGUCAAUAAGCUAUUAAAGCAAACUGAAAACUUCGUUGAUUAGGCUUCCAUAAAGGUGUACAGGCGGCACAGCCAUGAUCUGACAUUGAUAAACAGCUAAUAUAGCAUGCAGAUAGCGACACCAUCGCAGCGCAGCUUUACGCUGACUAGGCACAAAAGAAGCUCUCCGUUCGAUAUGAAGAACAUUCAAUCGUAGACAUAUCAUGGAAAAAGCUUCGUUCAAGAGAGUGAUGUGAACCGAUAUUGCGGCGAUGUGCAGAAACACUUUCCCGAUUGUUGAUGUUUCUUUUUGAUAUUGUUAAAAAGGCCUUGACAGUGCGAGAAAGGAUAAGUACCAUUGCCGUGAGUAACAGUCCGGUAUCAUGAUAUAAAAAACUUUGAAAAAAUAAUUAGAAUACUUUUUGGGCUGUAGAAAGCUUCGAAAGUUCGAUAGUAGGAUAAAUAUACAAAAUGAGGCAUUUAUUUUAUCAAAACUCUUAAAUCUACAUUUAACGUACUUGAAGUACAACAAAUUAUUUUUAUUUCUAACUUACAUGAAUGAAGUUAAAUCAUCUUCAUUCAGACACAGAGAACAAAGAAAACAGAUGAAAUAUCAUCGUAAUAUAUGCAAAUUAAAAUCAACAGAGUAUAACGACCACAACCAAGUCUACAAAAUCAGACUAGAAAUUUGACUAUAACUUCUUCGCGCGAGUAUGUAUGUUCCAAGAAUACUGGCCUAUGGUUUGAAUUUAUCCGACUUGCUCAAAAACAUCCUGAUGUAGAUUAAAACUCAAGGCAAGUCGCCUUAACAUCAAAUCAAACCAUAGGCUAGCUGACGCGAACGUAUUAAAUGAUGAAAAUAAAUGGAAAUCUAACAACUGAAUAAAUAAUACCCUAUAAAAGUGUUUUAAAUGACAUAGUAAUAAAAACUAUGUAGGAAAAAUCUACAUAAAUCAUGACGAUUGAAAAUAAAAA